AGUGCGGUGACAGCAGAGCAGCAGCAGCAUCCGUGCGCCACCGAGCCUUCACCAUCCCUCACCCAGCUGCGAACCAUGGAGGAGAUUAACAACAUCCAAGUGGUCCCGUGCACAGAUUCCGACUACCUGAAGCCUCUCACGGUGCACUACAACCAGAAUGGCACAAAGAAAUCCUGGGACUACAUGAAGACCCACGACAGUGUAUCAGUGCUGAUCUUCAACACCACCUCACACUGUUUUGUCCUCGUCAAACAGUUUCGCCCAGCUGUGUACAUGUGUGAGUGGGAAAGAGGCAAGUCCCAGUCGGCCAAAGCAGCAGCAGCCGCAGCAGAGAAGAAAGAGGAGGGGGCAGCUGAGGCAUCUGAAGCCCAGGAGGGGGCUUCCAGUGCUGGGGAGGGCACUUCUGAGUGGCCCCCUGCCUGUGCGGGGGUCACAUAUGAGCUGUGUGCCGGCCUGGUGGACAAGCCCGACCUGUCCCUGGAGGAGAUAGCCCGGCAGGAGGUCCUGGAGGAGUGUGGCUACGAUGUCCCUGCAUCCAAGCUCAAGAAGAUCACUUCAUACAGGUCGGGCGUGGGUGUAACAGGCUCCAAGCAGACCAUGUUUUACGCCGAGGUGUCCGACGAUAACCGCGUGAGCGCCGGAGGAGGGGAGCCCAAGGAGGGAGAGCUCAUUGAGGUGGUCAAAAUCCCCCUACACGAAGCCAUGACAUUCGCCUACAACGAGCGUAUACCCAAGACCAUGGGCGUCAUCUUUAGUUUUAUGUGGUUCCACAAUAACAUGGCUCCCAGGUAUAAGAUCUCUACCAAUGUCUAACAGUAUUUAUUAUGUCCAUCUUUAUACUGUUUUAUGAAUCGAUGAAGAGCCAAUCACUGGUCUAGCACAUAUAUGUCCCUUUCACCACACUUUGUACUGUGAGGCUUUUUAAUACAGUGUGCAUCUGCAGACUACAGCAAGUCUAAUGUUGAAUAGAUUUAGUACGAAAUAACAUAUUUUUAAAGUUUAUUUUUUUGUUUUGGUGAUCAUGGUUUAAAGGUUUAAAGACGUACUGUACUUAAGUAGAAUUUUUAGGUUUCUGUACUUUACUUAAGUUUGGAUACUUUAUAUACUUUUAAAUACUUUUAAUAUUGGAUACUUUUUACUUUUACUUCACUACAGGUAUCUGUACUUUCUACUCCACUACAUUUUUUAACUGGACUGAAAAGUAAAAAGUACUUUUCAUGAGAUUUGGGGGGUUAUUUUUUGUGGUAACCUCCACUGAAGUUUUCAAGUUCAAGCUUCGGCUUUGAGCAAACAAAAAUAAAUACACUGAAUUUACACAAAAAAUUAAGAAAUUGAUCCGUAUUGUUACCCAAAAUAUGUGUCAUGUCAUGUUUUAAUCUAUAUCACUACAUUUACACUUUAACAAUUGUGUGAAAUACUUUUUACUCUUAAAGUACAUUUUUAAACAGGUACAUUAAUACUUUUACUUAAGUAGAUUUUUUCAUGUGAUACUUUUACUUGAGUAACUUUUUACCUCUGUAUCUGUACUUUUACUUAAGUAACAAAACUGAGUACUUCAUCCACCACUGCUUAAAGGUAAUAACUGAAAUUCAGUCUAUAGUAGCAUGAAAGAUACGUUAGUAGUAUUUGAAAUCGGCCAUUAUGGGUUUUACCACAGCAAAGUAAUGGAAUCUAGAGCAGCCAAUGACCCAUCAGCCCUGACAAUAUUAAGUUAUCUUUAGUGCACUGCAGUUGUCUUUAGUAUUGAAAAACUAAACUCGUAUCAAAACUAAAUACUCAUUUGAGCAAGUAUCGAUACUGCAAAGAAGGACAAAUUUGAGCUUUCCUGAACAGUUGUUGAGCUUUAUCAGAACAAAUAUAAGAUCUCAUUCUAAAAUAAAGAAAGUACUAUUAUUUUGUAUGUGAAAAUUACAUUCUACUAAUAAAGGAGCAUCUUUUAUCUUCAUUGUGGUAUCGAUAUCAGGUAUUGAGUGAAUUUUAGUAUUGUGACAACACUAGUGCAUUGCUCUACAUAAGAUCAGUAUAAUAAGGAAAAAUAACAUCGAAAUUAAUUUACGUAUUCAAAACAAGCUUUGUAUUUCUUUUAAGCAGAUGGUCAACCCAAAGAAAAUAUUGGCUGGAGAUUUAAGGCCAAUAGCUGUCUACCGAUACGCUAAAAAGGGCAAAUCAGUAUUUGAACAACUGACUUUCAAAGUGUGAUUCACUGAUGUGCACCGAUCUAAAAAGGCUACAAGAUAAAGUGUGGUGUCAGGGCCGAGUUCCUCACACAUCUUUGUUCUGUCUUUUAUGUCAUAUGAAUACCGCCAUAGCUUGUUUCUAUUUUGUUUGUUUUAUUUGCUUAAGUGAACGAGCCAUUUGUAUCCAUUUGUAACUUGAAGGAAAUUGGACUGGUUAGCUGUUUUUCCCUUAUCAGGGGUUGGGGCUAGCAUAAAGAGUAUCCUGACUCUUAUGGCUAGAUUUUGAGGUUAUACAAAUCAACUAGCUGAAGUUAUUCUUUUUGAAAUUUAAGACCAGCAAUGCAAAAAACAAAUGAAAAAAGUAAAGUUACAUUUUAAGUCCAUAAAACAUAAAACUCCCAUAGUAGUAUCAACAUCUAUUUACUCUCCCUCAGUCAUCUAUUUGAAACCAUUCUUCUACUUUAUAAUGGCCUUUAUUUUGAGAUUACAGACUAAACUAAGAUUUUUCUCAGGUCCAAACACAUAGUCCACGUUCAGGCUGCAUUUCUGAAUGUGAUGUGAACCAGCAGUAGGCAAUCCUGUGCUAUCAUUGUAUCUACUAAGGGCUUGUAGUUUCUAUAAUCAUCUUGACAUGCAUUAAGUUCCUUAGUGUAGAUGGCAUUGGAAUUAUGCAACUGAUAAACAGCUAAAGCAUCAAAAUUCAUUUUGGCUCCUACUUAUCAAAAGAACUACUUUUAGUAUUCACUCUAGACUCAUUAUGUGUGGGCAUUCUUGUGAAAAAUCUAGAAAAAAAAUUGACCAUUAGUUUAACAAGCAAUCAAUCUGACAAUCAAAACCCAUAAAAUAUGUUGGCCUCUCGCCCAAAGUAGAAAAACAAUACAAUUACAAACUUUCCAUUUUAAUUCAUUCACCUUUUUAGAUGUACUUUUUAUUUCACAUUUUGGCCUAAAUCUGAAAUGAAAUCAUCUUGGGAGUAACUGCCUCUUGAAUAUCCUGCAUUGCUAAAGCUAGUUGCAAGUAUUGACAUAUUUGUGUUAGCUGAAGUUGCUUGAAUCAAACUCAGUGUAUCCAUUUAUAUAGAAUAGUACUAUUACAUUUUAAAUAUGACACCAGCUACUGUUCAAUAUCAGCUGUGAAUUUUUGAAAAUGCACAAAAUCUAUUCUUCUAACCCUAUAGCGUCAUUGCCAGCUGUGCUUUUAGGGCCUUGGACAAAGCACAUGUGAAGUAGUGCAAUAAUAAUAAUGCUAUGCUCUCGCUUAGCCUAUUAUAAAAACACAGUAUACAAUAAAACUCAACGCAAAUUUAUUAUGAAAGCACCUGUACCUUGAAAUUUGUACCAAAAUUUUUAAAUAGUGUUAUCAGUUGAAACCUGUACAUUGAAAUAUGGUCUGGAAGUGGUGGUCGUGUAAAGGUGUUGGGUAUUCAACACGAAAUUACUUGAUUAUAUCUUGCUUUUUGUUUACAUAUGCCCAAUUUUUUAUGAAUGAAGUUAUAGUCUUGUGUAUUUUUCCCUAUCAAUUAUAUAUUUAGGAACUCAUAACAGGACAGAAAUUAACCUUUCCUGAACAGCUUUAGAAUGAUCUUGAGACCACUAUACGCCCAUGGACCACUACCUGGACCACUGAGGGAUUACACAGAUACCCUCAGUAUUGCCCAUCUUUUAUAUUUCUCAUACUGUCAUUUAAUGUUGAAAAUGACAUUCUAUUGUCUUUGAGUAUUCCUUAGUAUUGUGAUUGAGAAUUUUAGUAUCGUGACAACACUAUAACAGAAGAUAGAAUUGGUUUCAGUACUCAAAAGACCUAAGAUCUAAAUUUUGCCAUUAUUUUCUUAAAAGUGAAAAGUUUACAUGUGAUCGUUACUUUCACUAAAGAUAAAUUUGUGGGCUUGCUACAGAUAGAUAGAUUUAAAUGUGAAAUAUCAGUAGCAGCAAAUAUCGGUUAUCGGCCACAGCAGCAGGACAAAUAUCGGCAUCGGCCCAGCCCUAGCUUAGAGAGAUGCCAUGUUCUGAUCUGCUGAAAAUGAUUUUGAACCUUCAGGAGUAAUAGCCUGUUUUUACUUGCGCAAUUUUCUCCCGUGUAACUGUCAGUGAGUAUAAUAGGCGAUAAUGACACUGCACUGGCUGUACGCGUGGCACAGAGGAGUAACACACUUUUCACAUUGUAAAACUGGAUUUGGGCCAGACGAUCACAGAUUGUCAAAUGAAAUCAACACCAUUGUGGUCAUUCAGGUUAGGCUAGUUUUGACUUUUACUUGUUUUUCAAUGGCACUAAAUGAAUGAAUGCGUAGGUUUGGCUGGGUUACGUGCGACAUGCCACCAUAGUCAUUAGAUACUGCUGCUGUUGCAUUUUAUACACACGCAAGAGUUAGCUAUUGUGAGUACUGCUACAAUGCGAUUUCUGCAGCCCUACCCAUGAAUCAAAAUCUGCAUUGUUGCCAUAGCAAUUAACAAUUUCAAGAUAAAAUAUUUGAACUAUUUGAAACGUACCCAAAAUUGUGCCUAUUCCCCUUAUUCUGGCCACUGUUGUCAUUGGGGUUGUAUUAUUUUGCACAGGGCUGUCGAUCUUGACAUUGAAUAAGUUCUAUAGGGACUAAAGAGCCAUUUUAAAGCCUCCAGAGAAUCGGUACAGUGUUGAAUUGUUAGUGCACAUGAACAUAGAACAUUUUACACAAAUGAACCUACUUUAUAUCAGAUUUUAGGGGCAAAUUUUUCUCAUAUUCUCCAUUGAAAUGAAUGGGAUUCUCAUUUAACCGGAAGUGCCACCACAAAGAACGCAUGGUUUAGUCUCAUUUACUGCAAAACUAGAGGCUAAAGAUGCUGAAAUCCAUGAGUAGCAUCACUAGCUAGCAAGAUUAUAACGCAUUGCUACAACCUCAUAUGUAAUUAAAGGAGGUUAUCAUUUUUAUUUACAAUUCAUUUUAAUUGUCAAACUGUUUAGACGGCAAGUUAUUUUUUUGAAUGGUGAAAAGUCCUUAAAAUGGCACCUACAGUAUAAACAGGACGCUGAAGCCCAUGAAUAGCACCACUAGCUAGCAACACAACAAGUGCAUUGCUAUAGCUGAAUAUUUAAGCAAAAUAGUAUAUUACCCUAUGAUGGCCUAUUAUCUUUAAAUACAUAUCUUAGCUAAACUGUAUUGGCAAAAAUACUGUGUUUUUAAUAUUGAUUUGUAGUUUGGUUGUGCCACUAUACAAAAGCCAUACCCCCCUUAUGUUAAUACAGGAAUAAUGAUCACGUUAAAGCGUAUAUAUCAUUGUUGUCCUCGCUGAUGUGACGCUGAGCCCAGUUUGGACACUGCUACCUCCAUUUCUCAGGCACCUAAACCAACUGUCCAUUUUUAACAUUUUAAAAUUUUGAAAAUGAACUUUCGUGGCCAUGCUGUAGAGACUUCUUUUGUGCCCAAGUUAUGACAUAUCUCUAUUCAAGGUGUUGUUAUGUGUAGAAUUCUAAAAAUGUAAUAUUUUAAAUUGAACUGCAUACUUUAAG